AAGAAAUAGAUAAGCUCCUUACAAGAAUUUACAAAGAAUAUAAAUUAUUAAAUGAAAUACGUCAGUAUAUUCUUCAAACAUUCCUCCGGAAUACUCUUAUUAAAUUCAUGCCUCCUUCUAUAAACAAGGAACUGGCUAAAUAA